GCAUUGGCCUUCCUCCUUCGGGCGUUUGAUAAUUGACCAGGCGCUCAUUCCUGCGGCAGGGCGCCGUGCCCCGCUGACCCUGCCCCGCUCUCCCUGCCCGGCUCUCCCUGCCCGUCUCUCCGUGCCCCUCUCUGCCUGCCCGGCUUUCCGUGCCCUGCUCUCCGUGCCCGGCUCUCCGUGCCCCUCUCUGCCUGCCCGACUUUCCCUGCCCGGCUCUCCGUGCCUGGCUGUCCCUGCCCGUCUCUCCGUGCCCGGCUCUCCGUGCCCGGCUCUCCGUGCCCCGCUCUCCGUGCGCAGCCCCGGCCCCGCUGCCACCAUGCCCGCCAGCUGCCUGCUGCUCCUGGGGCUGCUCCUGCAGCUGCCAGCUGCCUUCUGCCAGCAAGCCCGGGGCAGCCUCCAGCCGUGGUCGCAGGGCGUCAUCGCAGUGGUUGUGUUUCUAGUCCUGGUGGCCAUUGCUUUCGUGGUCAACAGGUUCUGGUGUAAGGAUAAAGUGGAAAAUGCUGAGAACGUGGUGAGUGUGGAGGACAAGCCAGAUGCUGUCACAUCCAACGGCCAUGAAGGGAGAUACGUAUCAGCUGCAGCUGACUUCAGGUCCAAAGAGAACCAGCACGCCUACGAGAACCCCGUGGAGCCCGAGGAGAAGGUGAUCACCACGGCCAUGUAGCAGCGCCCACCCGCCGCCCUCCUCGCCCUCGAUCCACUUCCCUCUGCCGUGAUGGGCAUUUCCACAGAGCCCCUCUGCCCUGGCACACCCUGGGACUGAGGGGCCCUGGCCUCUCCACGGCACCACCACCUCCUGAUCUUCUCCUUUUCCACCCGUGGGACAUGCUCUUGUCCCUCUGGGGCUGGUGUCCACAUGGGCAUUGGUCCCCUGGAGAGGUCUGGAGGUGCCACCUCUCCUGCCUGGUGGUCACCCCACCUGCUUGGCCAGGUUGGUAUCCCAAGUCCCAGGAGGGUGUUGACCUGUUCAAGACACAGAGGGGAUCCUGCUGGGUGCCUGGGACAUCCCCACGCUCCCAGCUGCCCUCCAGGGAGCUGCUGAUGGAAAACCUGCUCUUUUCUCCCCAGUUCACCCUCCUUUUUAUGACCUACACCAUGCAUUUUAAUGUCAGAACAAACCUCCCCCUCUGUACAUAUCUUCCCGGUGAGCAAUAAAGAGAAUUGUUGCCUAUGACAGCAAA